CAGACAGGAAGGCGCCAUGGUACUUCCCACAAAAUUAAUAUUGUCGACCAUCCACCUUGUGCUCCUCGGCGUCCUCCUCCUGCUGGCCGGCACAUCGAGCUUCCAAUGCAGCUCCGUCGACCAAGCCACCCUCCUAGCUAUCAAGAAACAGUGGGGAAACCCCUGGCAGCUUGUAUCAUGGGACCCCGUCGCCAACGCCGACCACUGUAAAUGGACCGGCAUGGUCUGCGGGGGCGGAUGCUCCGGGGCUGUGACGGGGAUAUCCUUGCCGAGGCUCAACCUUACCGGCAAGGUACCGGAGUCUCUGUGCGACCUGCCGAGCCUUAGCCGCCUCGACCUCUCCUACAACAACCUCACCGGCGGCUUCCCCCGUGGCCCGCUCUACAACUGCUCCCAGCUCCGCUUCCUCGACCUCUCCUACAACGCCUUCCACGGGGUCCUUCCGCAUGACAUCAGCCGCCUGUCACCGGCCAUGGAGCACCUCAACCUGUCCACAAAUUACUUCAGUGGCACCGUGCCGGCCGCGGUGGCCGGGCUUCCGGCGCUGAGGUCGCUGAUUCUUGACAAAAACCAGUUCACCGGAGCAUACCCAGCGGCCGAGAUAAGCAAGCUCGCCAGGCUCGAAAAGCUUACGCUGGCCUUCAACCCGUUCGUGCCGGCGCCUGCGCCGCUAGAGUUCUCCAAGCUGACCAACCUGAGCUACCUUUGGAUGGGUGACAUGAACAUGACCGGUGAGAUCCCGAAAGCCUACUCGAGCCUAGUGAACCUCCAGAUGAUGGCUAUAUGCGAGAACAAUCUCACCGGCGAGAUCCCGGCGUGGGUCUGGCAGCACCCAAAGCUCAAGUACGUGUACCUGUUCACCAAUGGACUCACAGGCAAACUGCCGCGCAAAAUCACGGCGGUGAAUUUGAUAGAGCUUGAUGUGUCGGAUAACCAGCUUACCGGAGAAAUUCCAGAAGAGAUUGUUAACCUCAAGAACCUGAGCAUACUGUUCAUGUACACCAACCAGCUCUCCGGCACCAUUCCAGCAAGCAUAGCAAUGCUUCCCAAUCUCAGGGACAUCAGGCUAUUUGAAAACAACCUCUCUGGCGAGCUGCCGGCGACGCUAUGGUCGUUACCAAAGCUGAUCAUCUUGGAUAUACUGAACAAUGGUUUCACCGGGGCUUUACCAACCAAGAUACCCGAGAACAUCCAGUGGCUUGAUGUGGGGAACAACAAGUUCUCUGGCUCCCUGCCAACAUCGGCAACAGGGCUGCUGGUGUUCAGCGCGGCAAACAACCUGCUCUCCGGCGAGCUACCGGCCGACAUGAGCAAGUUUGCCAAGCUUACACGUUUGGAGUUGUCCGGCAACCAACUUACUGGUGCCAUACCAUGAUAACAACAUCAGUCAAUUUGUUGCAGAAGCUCGGUACAGUCAACUUGUGCACGAUUCGGUUUGAAGUUCCUGAGGUGUAAGUUGUAACCAAACAGUUAAAGUUUAAAAGAGAUUUGGUGUAUCGUGUCGAGCUAGAAAACCUAUCUAGCAGGGCCGCGUCAUGUUGGGUCAAACAGUGGGCAUGUUGGAUGCGAACUUCCUAGCAAAUUUUCUAAAUCCCUGCAACAAUGUGAACUCGAAGAUGAUGGGAGAAUUGGUGUCAUACUGUUUGAAGGCGCAACAUCAUAAUGAAGUGGCUGGCCGGGUCUAGUCACCGGAGAUGAAGACGAGCUGCCAAAUCUUUGCCGUUCACUAUAUAUUAUAUUGUUUUAUUUUCA